ACGGUACGCGUAAAGGCCAUCAAGGUAUUGAGGCCGCAAGAAAGAGCGCAGUCGACUUGCGUCAUUACCUCGGAGAAUGGGGUCUACGGUCGCGAGUCUUCUUUAGUUAGCCCGGGCCGGCACAGCUUGUGUAGGAUGUCCAUAAUAGCACAUUCAGGGUCACAGCGAGAGUCAGAGAACUGCAGUUUCCCUAAAAACCAGUGCCAUGGGGUCGAGCUGCCUUGAACAAUCGCUGGCGGAGAACGUGCAGAUGAACGAGGCCGUUCAGGCUCUGCAGCUCAAGGUGGAGGGCCUGCAGCAGUCCGUUCUGGAAUUGAAGCAACAGCAUGAGGACUCACAGGAGUUGGUGCUGCUUGGGCAACUGGUCUGCGUGCUCGACGACAUCGUGCGCAAACAAGUGAUGGGCCCUAACUUCCCGGUGGCGAGCCUCGCCGAAAUCCAGGACUACGUUGAGGACGGGUUUGCCAGUAAGGAGGGCACGCGGAAGUGGGGCAAGUUCGUCACCCGCCUCGAGGAGCAGGGCCUCAGCGUGAAGAAGGUCGUGACGGCAUCCAUUCCAUUUCGCCGGCAGCGCUUCUCGGUGGCUCACGUAACGAUGGAGGAGCGGGCGUCGGUCACGAUGGCACAGAUGCGGGAGUGGGCUUCAGGGCGGAACCUGCAGCCCAUGGUGGAGACCAUCCUCAAGGUCGUCCUAUCGCCUCUGACGCGUGAGGGCCAGCCGCUGCUUCCGCGCAGCGACAUCAACGACCUGUUUGCCUAGCAGGUCGGCACGUACUCAAGAGAAGGCGCCGGGCGAUAGCGCGUCGCGAGGCAACCGGGAGCUCAGGUGCUGGAACGGUGCUUCAGUCAUAUGCUUGUCUUCACUGGUUGCGACCGUUGCAGCGGUGAGGGCAAAGCUCAGCUGCAAGUACACGCGCCCAGCCGGCAAGUACAAUCCCAUGUGGGGGCCGUGUCGGGUGGGGGUGUGAGGGCGGCGGCAAGGCGACUGCCUUGCGUGGAAGGCAGACCCUUAAGUUAGCGAAGUGUGUGGGAGGCAACCGCCGGGGCAUCAUUGAUUGCCGAACGGUUUCAGAAGAGCAAACGAAAGCAUGACAUGGACCCAAUGGACGCACAUUAACGUCAACGCAAGGAUGGGCACGUACACGAGCCCACUUGAAGAGAUGGUUGAGAGGGCAAGGAUGAUGAAGGACUGCAACAUGCUGAAUGGCUAGGCGGCGGGCAGUUUGUCCGCAGAAAGGGCAUGAGUCUGUUGAUCGCUACAUGGCAACCCAGGCAGCUAGCGCUGAAAGCCUCGUCGGUACGCGUGCACGCUGUGCCUGUCAACUUGCAUGUAGGCUUGGCUGGUGUGCUCCGGUCGGCAUCAGGUGGCAGCGCUCUCCAGUCCGCCUGCCGUAGUGGGCAAGGCCGUAGUGCUCGGCUGACAGUAAACAAACGCGUGGCA